AUGUUCAAGACGUUUUCGUUCGUCGAAUUCGCCCAAGAGAUCGAAGGCACCAAAAUGAACCAGAGUCAUUCAUCGCAUCUUCAAAAGGCAUUGGGGAGUUUGGAGCCAGUCAGAGUUCCUUUUGAUCCAAGAGCAUCGCUUUUCAACGCGAAGAAUCGAAAGGAAAGAGCUACGGACAAUUCUAGAGCUCGCAAUUUGAGAGAAAAAUUCUCUGAGUAG